UCUACACUGCGCAACACACCCGACCAACUCGAAAAACCUUUGCAUGCCGACAGUACAUCUCAUAAUAACUACUACAAAGAGAGAGAAAGAAGAGGAGAAAUCACCUCACAUGUCAAAGAGAGAAAGAAGAGAGGAGAAAUCACCUCAAAUGUCAGAGAAAACAAAGCUUUCUCUCUGCUGUGCCUCUGCAGCUCUGUACUUUUGCACCUGAUAAUCAGAGGAUGCAAACGAAGUAACAUCUCUCUCUCUCUCUCUCUCUCUCUCUCUAGAGUGCCAACAGAAACCCCAAAACAUGGUGCAGUCAAAAAAGUACAGGGGAGUGAGGCAGCGGCACUGGGGCUCCUGGGUUUCAGAGAUCCGCCACCCUCUCCUGAAGCGGCGCGUUUGGCUGGGGACAUUCGAGACGGCGGAGGAGGCAGCACGCGCCUACGACGAGGCGGCCAUCCUCAUGAGCGGUCGCAACGCCAAAACAAACUUCUCCAUCCAAAAAUCUCCAUCUUUCGCUGACUCUGCCACCAGCCCUCAGAACUCCACCACCACUUCGACUGCUCUCUCUGCCGUUUUGGAUGCAAAGCUUCGUCGUUGUUGCCGAGCACCCUCUCCUUCUCUCACCUGCCUCCGCCUCGACCCUGAGAAAUCGAACAUUGGCGUUUGGCAGAAGCGUGCGGGGGCGGCGGAUUCGAACGCAAAUUGGGUCAUGACAGUCGAGUUCGGCAAACAGGCCGUGAAGCCAUCGACUCUCUCUCUAACUAGUCCUAGCACUUCUACUGCUACUACUGCCUCAUCAUCUUCUUCGUCGAAUUCUUCUCUCACUACCCUUGAGGAUGAGGACCGAAUUGCACUCCAGAUGAUCGAGGAGCUCCUCUCCCGCAAUGGCCCCAUUAUUCCAGCUCUCAACUCCAACGCCUGCUGAAUCCAAUUCUCUCUCUCUUCCCCCUAGUGUUUAGUGAGUCCGGACUUCUGAGUGUUUUCGUUUUGGGUUAUUUUCAUCUCUCUAGCCACUGUGCUUUGGGUUUUCUCUCUCUAGGUUCCAUGUUGGGCACGGUCCUUUUCUCUCUCUAUCGCGAGUCUCGUCCUUUCUCUUACGUGUUGAACCACACUGUUUCGUGCGUCCUCUCCAUCUCUCUCUCUCUCACAUCCGGAGUCUCGGGAACUUUUCUCUCUCUAGGUUGGGUCCAGUAAUGUGGGGGAGUCGGCUCUUUCUCUCUCUAUAAUCGGUGCUCCUCACCCGUUGUAGAGGGUGGUCUUGUGGGGCGUCUGAUCUGUGCUCUCUUGGGUGUGGGGAGUUUGUCGUUUUCGCUUUUUUCCUUUCUUUUUUGUUUAUUAUUUGCACUAUUUUUCUUCUCUUUUUACCAUGGGAUGGGAUUGUAUACAACGAGAUUAUUUAGAAGUCACACAAUAACCUAUAAUCAUUCAACAUGAAUGAAAUCAAAUAGCUUUACCUAUAAUCAUUCGAUACGAAUGAAAUCAAAUAGUUCGGGUGUGUUACAAAAUUUGAAAAAAAUAAUAAUUUAUAACUAUCUAAAUUCACAUCCAAUAAUCAAAAUCAAUUGUGGGACUAUCUUGUAUCAAAGAUAAAUAAUCUCGUCGUAUACAUUUCUUUUUAUUAUUUGUAUUACAUGUUAUCUCAAAACAAAUAUAGCAUAUAAUUUUUGUGUUUAUUAUCCAACCUUAAAUAAUUAGAAUAAGACAAAACCAAAUAAUUGAGAUGGUAUGUUGAUUUUUAUUUUUAUUUUUUUUUGUACAGAACAAGACCUUGCUCUAUGUACCUUUGUUGUCUCAAAAUUAUAAUAAUAAAAUAUGUUUUGGUUGCUUUA